AAUUUUUCAACGAGCCAGUGAACGGCGCCACGAUUGGUCAGGCCAGGUCGCGAGGAACGUACGGAUUUUUCGUCGCGUCCGCAGAUUCUCAUGCAAGAUUUGUUUUCGUCGCAUAUUAAUCCUGGGGCCGCUGUGCACACAGAGUUGUAAUUGGAAAAGUGGGCCAGCGUGGAACGGUCGCCGCGGCUUAAUCAGAAUGAAAUCUAAGAAGUCCCGAGCAACAAUGGCUUUGUGAUGCCCGAAGGAGGACCGUCGGCGAAAUGAAAGCCCCUGAGAAACAAUGGAAGCGUCCACGCAGGCAUGACGGCCCCAUUCAGAUUCGCAGACGGCAUGCUUAGUGGCGGCCAAAGGAGACGCUCAAGUUUCUAAUCGACGGAGGGAGGGAUCCAGAGGGACGACUAGCAGUAGCGGAAAGAGAAACGGAUAGUGGCAUGAUAGGGACAAGGCACCACCCUCUGCGAGGGCGCAUCCUGCUGGCCCUCUUUUUUCUACUCGGCACGCUUGCCUUGCUCUCGAAAGCGGCUGCAUUCCCAGACUGGACCGAUUGUCCAGCUGUGUGCCGUUGCAAGUGGACGUCCGGGAAGAAAUCCGCCUUAUGCCCUGACGCCGGCCUAACCUCGCUCCCGGCCUCGCUGGACCCUGACAUGCAGGUGCUUGACCUGUCCGGGAACAAGAUUCCCGGGUUACAGUCGGAAAUCUUCAAGCGUUCCGGCCUGCUGAAUCUGCAGAGGGUCUUCUUGAGGAACGCAGGCAUUUAUAAGAUCCACCCUGACUCGUUCAGGGACAUGAGGAUAUUGGUGGAGAUCGACCUGUCCGACAAUCACGUGGAGAUGCUCGAGCCAGACACAUUUCUGGGCAACGAAAGACUGAGGAUCUUAAUUUUGAGCGGGAACCCAUUGACGCGGUUGAGAAGCCACCAGUUCCCCCUACUCCAACACUUAAGAAAUUUGGAGUUGCAGAGGUGUUCCCUGUCCGAGAUCCACGGGGAAGCGUUCGUAUAUCUGACCGGUUUGGAGUCGUUGAGGUUAGACCAGAACGUUCUCGAGUACCUGGAUGUGUCGGUGAUAUCGAAUCUGCCACGAUUGAAAACUCUGACGUUAGACGGGAACCGGUGGAGCUGCGACUGCAGGCUCAGAGACUUUCGAACUUGGCUGAUCCCCAACGGACCCAGCAAGUUGUAUUCCGUGCCUCAAGCGUGUUCGUCGCCGAUGAGACUAGAAGGUCGUAAGUGGGAGGACGUGAAACCUGUCGAGUUCGCCUGCGAGCCAGAGGUGUUCGUUCUGGCGAGCAGCAUUCAGGAGGAGACGAACGGGAACCUGAGCCUGGCCUGUUUGGCCACCGGUGAUCCAGAGCCCGAGGUUUGGUGGCAAUUGAACGGAGGACCGGUGAACGCCUCCAAGUUGACCGAGCAAAUUUACUCGGGAACCUACGUGGCUUACGCGACGUCGGACGUGGAUGCGGCGGCUUCGUACAACGAACGAUCGUCACCGUCGUCGGGUAGACUCGUCGACAGGUGGAACAACCUGACCGUCUACAACGCGAGUGACGGCGAUGCCGGGGAGUACUCUUGUUUCGCGAAAAACAUCGCCGGCCUGGCCAGGGAUACGGUCAGCGUGGCGAUCCCGCGCGUGUACACGGCGCCCACCCUCUCCCAGAGCGACAACUGGUUGCUCUGGGUGAGCCUGGCAGGCGGUGGCGCGGCCGCGUUGUGCGCUUCCAUUUCCGCGGUUCUCCUAGCCCUGUGCGUGUGCGGCGGUACCCGACGGCAGAGUGCUCGUGAAAAGGUGAAGCUCCAGAGCAGCACCAGUUUCGGUGACCAGGAGAAGAAGCUUCUCGACCUGUCCGUCACCACCACCACCACCCCUGGGAACAGCAACGAUCGGGGUAGUGGGCACGGGAGUAUAGUGGAAGCGUGCAGCACGGGUGAUCUCGAACUGGCCGAAAGGGGAUCCAUUUGCGACCCUAUGAGCGCCGCCACCGUCACCGUGGAGAGACUGCAUCCAGAGAUGAGCGGCGGCCCCGUGAACGCCAUGAGAACCGUGCCGUGCGUGUUCCCGCCACCGCCGCCAGAGUUCACCAGCGGCGUUCUACCGCCCGGUAUAUUCGGGAACAUAUUCAUCUCCGUGGCGGUGCCGCAAGAUGCCUCUGAUCGUUGCUAUCCUGACCUUUUGGACAUUCCAGUUCACGCCACUGGCGGCGUGGUGAACAAAACGGCCCUCCCCCCGGCAACCAGCGUUUCCAGUUUCGCCACGCUGCCGCGACGAGCGCUGCGCUCCAGCGACCUCUGCUCGCCUUACGACAAUAUGGGGCCCCGCGUCACGGCCAACGGCAGCUCCGCGUUCUCGCUCACGGACGUCGACCUGAGAUUAUCACCGCCCCCGCCACCGCGAAUCAUUCAACCGCCUCACGAGUUCGUGUCCCUGUAAGGGAUUUCUGGCCGGAAUGGAAAUAGUCGGUAUACUUGUUCAAAAGCUCGUCCGUCGCUUCUUCCCCCCCUCCCCACCUCCUUAAACGUACACAACAACCGUCGUACUCGGUCGCGUGUGUCCUCUUCUCUCCUCCCCCCUCCCUCGAUCUCGUUCGUUGUGUUCGUCGUUGAUAGUACUUCGCACUGUAUUCGCAUUUUAUACAGUGAGCCGUGUGCCUACCAGGUGAAAAGAAACACUGGCGAGUGAUGUUGUUUCACGAUAUACAGGAAUUGUAUAAUCCGGAAAGGUAAAAAAGGUGUUUGCAAUUUUUUACUGGUUGGCUUGUUCAUAGAGCUCGUAGUUUGAUUUUUAUCGCCUGUGAUAUUCAUCAUGUUAUUUUACAUUCCUUUUUCUUCUUCUUCUUCUUCUUCUUCUUCUAUUCAUUUUUUUUUUCUUUUCGAGGUAAUUUCUCGAUUCAAGAAGAAUGUUUAUGAUAGAAUAAACAUGGAAGACCAAUAAUCCCGUUGCCAAAUGUAAGUUAAGGUAAAAAAUAGGAGGAACACUUUUGUAUAUCUUGUACUUAUAUACCGUGAGAGUGCUGUAAUAUAUACUAUAUGUACUUAACAAUUGUUAAUCGUCACUUGGUAAGCGAAUGGCUCACGUUUUUAAAUCAUCCGAAAUCAAAUCCUCGAGCGUACAUUGAUUAAGGUUGUAUACAUACAGGGACCUAGAAAGUUUGUAUCUCAUUGAUAUAUUUAAAAAGACGUCCGGAGGUUAUCGAAAAUAGUAUACAGUUAUGUCUGUCCAACAACUUAUUCGAUUACAUAAGACGUCGAGUCUCGAAACUGCACGUUUCUUUUUUUUUCUUUCUUUCUUUCUUUCUUUCUUUUAAGAGAAGUUGCCGACACUAGCGCCAAAGAUCGACGUCCGCUAUUUGGAAUUAUCGACGAAACGAAUCUUUUUCAUGAAUCGAAACAAUUUUGUAGAUAGCUCAGAACAGAUUAAUUCGUUUGCUCAAAUAUCAGAAACGAAAAGUGUCAGAAAGUUGAAGCAAUUUCUGACGUUAGAAUUCAUAAGAUUUGUGACUUUUUAUAACAAACGUAACACAUGUACAGUCGAUCCAAUAUUUUUUGAUGUUGAUGUCGUUUUAGAAGCUCGCUGUGCAAUAAUUUUAAGAAUGUCAUUCAGCAGUAUAUUCAUAUAUUAAUGGUUUCAGUUGAAUGAGCAGCAAUUAUAGCCUAGUUCCAAUAGAGUAUUGCGGUUAUUUACUUUUCAUUUAGUUCUUUAAUUAAUCUUCGUUAAUUGAUUUCCUAUUCUGAAAAUGUUUAAUUUAUACGUAAAUUAGUUUUCUUUGUGUA